AUGCAGACACUUAGCGAGGCUUUGUUGAACAACAACCACCCCGUGCCACCUCCUCAACCUGCUGGGCACAUGGAUAUUGGUCGUUUGGUGUCGGGUCACAGACCGCCGACCUUCACGGGUGAAGAAGACCCGAUCAGCGAUGAGCUUAGUUUUUUUCCCUCUCCUCUGUAUUUUUGGCGUAGCAACAGUGGGCAGAGGUGGAUCUCUGGCGAUGAUGUAGAUCUGGCAAUAGCUUCGCAAAUCUGGCACGGUUGGAGCAGUUUUCGGCGGUGGUUGGUCCCCUCCUGCGACGACAGUCCGGUGGUCCCUCUCACCGGCAGUGGAGCUUGGAGUGAGGUGACGAAAUGGCAAUGUGGUGGUGGUUUGGACAGAAACAGAGAAACUACAGAAUUGGAAUGGAUUAACAAUGAAUUACUAAGGUUCCCUAUUGAUGUGAUUAGCCUAAGAGUGAGCUUAGGAUUGGAUGCGUUUAGCUUUUGGAGCUUAGCUUGAGGUAAGUUUCUAUGUCCGU